UUACAGAAACCUCAGCUGUUCCAGUAAGGAGGAGAGGAUAUUGAUGAGGAACUGCCCGGGCCUGAUCAACUCUCUCAUGACAUACGUUCAGGGUCAGGUGGAAAGAGGCGAGCUAGACGACAAGUCAGUGGAAAACUGUGUCUGUAUACUUCAUAACCUGAGCUACCAGCUGGAUAAAGAGGCUCCCGAGCACUUUUCUAUCACUGAUGAUGAGACCACGCAAAAACAAAAAGCAAAUGAGGACAAAAGCAAAAACAGCCUCUUCAGCUCCAAGAGCACAAAGAAUCAAAAGGAGCUUUCCUUCCCAGCGAUGGAUACUCCUAAUCCUGAGGGUGUGAGUUUGCUAUACAACAGAAAGUCACUGCAAAUGUACCUGUUUGUGCUGAGGCUCAGUCACAAUGAAGCCACUCUGGAGGCGUGCUGCGGAACGUUACAGAACCUCGCUGGUUCAAAAAACCUUGUAUCCACUGUGAUGAGUCAGGCUUUUGAGAAACUGAACGGCUUGCCUCUCAUAACCUCCCUGCUGAAUUCAGCAAACCAGAACCUGCAGAAGACGGCAAUGUCCUUGCUGGGAAACAUGUCCCGGGUGUCAAAUUUGCGGGCUACUAUGGCCAAGGAAGUUCUCCCACAAGUUUCAUCCUUUCUCUCAUCUGUGACUCCGAACAUGGUUGAGUCUGACGGCACUAUCGCCACAGCGUGCCGCAUGAUGCAAACACUCGCGUUGGCAGAGCCCGAGCUCAGCAAGAAAGUGUUCAACAGGAAUCUGAUCAUGACUCUGAGCUUUCUGAGUGAAGACAUGUCAUUCUCGACAGCUAGACAGCCUGCUGGAGCACUUCUCUACAGUCUAUGGGGACAAAAAGAUAUUCAAAACAUGUUGAAAAAGCAAGGAAUGAUCAAGGACACAUUUGUUAACACAGUCACGUCUGCAUCAUACAGAAUAAUAACCGGCAUACCGAUCCGCUGAACAGCAUGUAUAUGUGGUUCCCUGGAAGCCAGAAUGAGACCUGCACUUUGGAUCUCUGUAUAUUGUGCGGCACAUUUGCACAACGUGUUCUUGCAGAGUUCUGUUUAGAGUCUCAUGCAAAACAUGCACGCUGUGCCAUGAGAAACAGUUCUUAUACUUUGGUGCCAGACUUGCACUACUGGUCUUGCAGAGUAAUAAUUCCACUCCUCUUUUUGUAUUGCUUUUCUACUCCUGUGAUACAUUAGCAAUAUUGCAAACCUGUAUAUCAUAAUACAUGGUGAUUCUGACGAUUCUCUGUAAGACCUUUGGUUAUUGGUGUGUAAAUGUUCUGCUUAUGAUUACUUAAAUGUUGCUUUCAUGCUGUUUUUAGAGCUUUAAAGUUUUAUCCGCAUUAAAGUGAAAAUGAAAAAUGUUCUUUCUUCUGCAGAACACAAAAGAAGAUUUUUUGAAGAAUGUUUCCAAACAACAUUGAACCCCAUUGACUUCCAUUAUAAACACAAAACCACUGAGACAUUUUUCAAAACAUCUACUUUUGUGUUCCACAGAAGAAAAAGGGUCGCAUCUUUAUUGUACAGCAUGCAGUAUUCUGUUUGCUCAGGCUGUGUGAUGUUGUCUUUUGUGAAUAUUAUGCGGCACAAUGUGCAGUUUAUUUUUACUUUGAAACAUUUUUGAAUGACUUCUAGUGAUGAUGCUGUACUUGUUUUGUUUGCUAAUACGUAUUUGGGAAAAAAAUCUAUUGUGCCGAUCAUUUUAAUUCCUUUUAUCAGUUGCAAUUGUCAGACUAGAGUUUAUUGUAAAGAAAACGCCAACGACAGAAAAAAUAAAUAUACCAUUUGUAUUAUAAUAUUAAAUACAGCCGCAGAAAAAGUUAAGAGACCAUCUUAGAGGCCGUUUUUCAGAUUUUACAAUUUACUAUUCUUAGGUAAAAUUAUAAUUUUUGUUUUAUUCUGUGACCUUCUAACAAUAUAAAUUGACCUUAAAAACAAAUAUAAAUUGCAUUUAUUUGCAGGAAAUGAAAACUGGAGAAACUGUUGAAAAUAACAAAAGAUGCUCCAUAUUAUUUUAGACCUCAAAUACUGCAAAGAAAACAAAUUCAUAUGUACUUUUAAGCAAUACAACAGUAAUAUUUCUACAUGUAUUUAGGAAAAGUUUUCAUGCAUAUUGUCAUGCUUUCAGUCUUUCAUAUUGCUGUUAGAUUACUUUUUCACUUAUGAGGUUUGAUUUUGUUCAAAUUCAACAGACUAGAAUACAUAUAGACACAAUACAUGUAGAAAUGAAAAUCUGGAAAAAGUCUCUUUUUUCAUGGCUCUAUGUCUAAAUUAAAGUGUUCAUAUUCAUAAAAAUGUAGUUUUGCAACUGCUAAAUCAUGAACAAAAGUUAAUCAGAAUUUGCCAUUAUUUAUUUACUAGAUUUUGGUUACAAGUAUAAUUGACUUUUAUUGUGCUGACACAUUACAGGUGACUCAUUUACCCAACAUAAACAAGGCUUCAGAGUAUAAAGUAAUAUCUUAAUGAUGCUUGUCACAUGUUUACCUUUCAUCUCCACUUACGCACAAAAGAAAAAACGCAGGGCUGUGAGCCAGGAAAAACCAUAUGAGUCAUACAAAUUCCCCUGUGCAUUCCUGUAAAUACUUCCAGAGCACUGCGAUGAAUGAAAAUGCAUUUCAGGAGGUGUUUUUCCCUCAGUCUUUCUUUCUGUUAAUCUCACAGUACUUUGUAACAUUAACAUUUUCAAACUUUAGUAUUGGGGGCAUGGAAGCAUCUUUUGAACUCGCAACAGCAGAUCCUGAAUCUACUGCGCAAGUCCUCAGUGUGUUCCUGUAAAAUCAACUUUUGUGCAAGAACUUAAAAUGUUUUGUUGUAAUUCUCACGCUAAUGCUGUUAUUGCUCUAUAUCAGCACAGCUGUGACAUGUUGCUAAAAUAUGCGAAUCCUUUUUGUCUUUUUAAUCCUGAGGCGGGAUGCCUGAGGGGACACUUAACUGAAAAUAGCUGUUAAGUGAUGGAGCGACUUUUGAAAUGGUUUUGUUAACUUCAUUUUGCUUGUUACCUUAAUGUUUUAUUGCAAAACGAUAUGAACUGAUCACCGUGCAUUUAAAAAUAUCUAGUGUAUGCUUUCCAGGCUAUAGAUGAACCCUUGUGAUUCAUGUUUUUAUUGAAGUUUCAAAAGAAACUUGCAUAUUGUUGGUAUAGUAAUGGGAAUUUUGGCAAUGUACUUCAAAUAGAUGCCUGUGCAUAUUUUUUACUGUGUACUUGCACGCAAAAACCUAUUUUACUGAUUCUUUUAAAGCACCUCACAUACUGUAAGUAUAUUACUGAGAUGAACAAUGAAAACUGUAAACAAUGAAAAUUGUAAAAGCGCUAUAUAAAAUAAAGUUGAGAUGAACAAUCCCA